AUGAGCACCUCAUCCUACGAUCGAGUAUCGCUAGAUCUGCUGCUCCCCACAGAAGAUUCCACCUCAUCUUCUCCGCCUUUUCCCCAAGUCUCACACUUUAACAAAUCUGAGAAAUACACAAUCGUCUUCGAAGAUGAACUUCUUCAUAUAGAUUCCAGCAACUGGAGAACAUCUACACUUCUCAAGGUUCAGAUAUUCUCUGCCUAUUGCGUUUUCAUUCUAUUUGGUCUCGCUGAGCAAACCAUCGGAUCCAUUAUCCCCAUACUUCAAAAGGACUAUUCCAUCAAUGACUUACAAGUCAGUCUCAUAUUUAUAUCCUCUAUCACGGGCUAUUUCACCAUGGCCCUCAUCAACGAUUACACCCACAAAGCUCUUGGAAUAAAAGGAGUCGUCGUACUAGGCUCCACUUCCAUGACGUUGGGAUAUUUGAUAAUUUCAACAAGACCACCAUUCUUCAUCUUUGCUUUGUGCUAUGUCAUGAGCGGAAUUGGGUUUGGCUCGCUAGAUGCUGGUCUCAACGGCUGGAUGGGCAAUUUGAUUGAUUCAAACCAGCUUUUGGGUAUCCUCCAUGGUUGUUAUGGUAUUGGAUGUAUGAUUUCUCCACCACUAAUCACGUAUUUGUUGGAAAAGCACACUAAUCCAUGGAAGUGGAACCAUUACUAUAUCGUGUUGUCAGUAGUUGGAUGCUGCUGUGUAGUUCUGCUAAUCUUAACGUUCAAGAAUGAAACACCUAAGAAGUACAAAUUCAUGGGUCAGCUCAAAAACGAAGCGCACAAGAAGAAGCUGAAAGCACCCAUAAAUGAUGAAGAGAUAGAGUUGGAUUCGCUUACCAAAACCCAAGACGUAGAUAUCUCCGACGAAGAACUCACUGCCAGUGAUUCGGAGCAAGAAGAUAACACUGCAUCGCUUCUUGUGGCACUUAAAUCACCGUUGGUAUGGGCAUUUGCAACUAUUUUGUUUAUAUAUGUGGGUGGAGAAGUAGCAUUUGGUGCCUGGCUCAUGACCUUCUUGAUCAGAAUCAAAAAGUUCCCUUACAAGCUUUCAUCCUGGAUGGCUACUUCCUUCUGGAUGGGCCUUACUGUAGGACGAAUAGCGCUAGGUUUUGUGACAGCCUAUUACUUCAAGACAGAGUUAAUGGCCAACUUCGUCUAUAUUAUUCUUUCAACCUUGGGAUACUUCGUGUUCUGGCUCUUUGCAGCAACCAACUGGGUUGUCUUGCUAUUUUUGGUAGUUUUUUUGACUGGCAUGGCAGUAGGACCCAUUUUCCCUACUACUAUCAUAACAGCAAUAACUAUCCUACCUUCCAAAUACCAUGCCUCUGGAAUCGGCUUCGUCUGUGCUUUUGGUGGAGGUGGAGCGGCUGGUGUGCCGUUCUUAAUUGGAUUAGUAGCCCAAUCCAGUGAAGUUGGAUUGCGUAUUUUCCCACUUAUUGUGUUCGUAAUCUUCCUCAUCCUUGUAGCGAUGUGGGCUGUUAUUGUCAGAAGGUUCACAAAGACUUAUGAUCGCAACGCAAUCUAG